AUUGCUCGUUUCUGCUCUCCCCUUAUUGAGUUGGGUGUGCGCCGCACUUCCAUUUUGUCGAGAAGAGCUCGAUCCGACUGCCUCGGGGAUGGACCCACCAUGGCAUUCCUCGCCUCGCACUCCCAUCACUCUCCGUUUUGGGCUCACCUAGCCUUACUUUCACCGUUUGAAAUAAGCGAUCCAUCUAGCCCCCGAUGGACUGAGCACUUAAGCAAAGAAGAGGUCGAAGAGUUCUCCGCUCCUCAGAAAGUAUCAUCCUACUCGAAUCUUUUCUUGUCUCGCACGGCAUCGAUAUCACUGGCGACGCACUCCAACGAACACCCGCAAGUGAUUGGAUCUCACUCAAGACCACCAUUGAAAUCGCAGAGAAACUUCUCGACACAACCUUUUCAAUAUAUGCGAACCACGAGACCAGACUCACUGCGAUUCGUACAACGUCAUAUAGUCUUCCUGCUCACCUGCACGACCAUAUCGAUGUCGUUCAGCCUACGAACUACUCCCCUUCUGGUCGACCUCUUGUCGCCUCUGAUAGUUGAUGAUGGCGCCUUCAACCAGCAAAGCGCUCCCGCCCCAGUACCAUCACCACAACCAAACAUGUCACUCCCAGAGCUUAAAACGCUCUAUCGCACCGAUGCGUACAAGGCUAAAGGAACGCGAAGUUCAAUCGGUAUCACCGGGUACCUCGAGCAAUAUGCGAACUUUGCUGACCUCAAACAGUUUUAUUCCAUUUUCCAUCCUCCAGCGCUGAAGAGUGCCCUCCAUGUGGGGCUUAUCAACGGUAAAGUUCAUCGUUGUGGCAUUUCGUUAUUAUUGAUGCAUUUUUUUUCUCUCUCUUGUUGUCGCUGUUACAUAGGAGCAAUCGGCUCUCGGAACAUUUCCGAGGCUGGCAUCGAGGCUAAUUUGGAUGUCCAAUUCGCGGGAGGGGUAUCGUACCCUGUCAAGCAAAUAUUCUACAGUACAUAUGGUCGCGGCCAAAAUACGAACCAGAGCAUCAGCUAUGAGGAUAACGGGAAUGAACCCUACGACGUUUUUCUCACUUACCUCAGGAAGAAAACGAAGGAUCUUCCUCAAGUGUUGACUACCAGUUAUGGUGAGGAUGAGAAUACAGUUCCAAUCAACUACGCCCGACGUGUGUGCAAGCUUUACGCUGCACUUGGGACGCGGGGUGUUAGCGCUCUGCAUGCCUCGGGCGAUGGAGGUGUAGGCCGCGUGGGGGAAACAGGAGCUUGUUUCACCCCCAAUAGGUUCGUGCCUAUCUUCCCUGGUGGGUGCCCAUACGUCACGACUGUUGGGGCGACGUACCAAAUUCCCGAAACAACAGUUCGCUUCUCGGGAGGGGGAUUUAGUGAUUACUUCCCCCGCCCAUGGUACCAACACCAUGCAGUACCGAGAUACCUUAAAACACUCGGAAGCACGUAUGAAGGAUUGUUCAACAAGAAUGGGGGAGCCUAUCCUGAUGUUGCGGCUCAGGGAUAUCGGUAUUUCAUCGUGUAUCAAGGGAAAGUCAUACGUGUCUCGGGUACGAGCGCUUCGACACCUACUUUUGCUGCGAUAAUUGCCCUCUUAAACGAUGCUCUACUCUCCAAAGGUCGUAGACCUCUCGGAUUUCUCAACCCAUGGAUUUACUCUCUCAAAUCGGGAGUCCUGAACGACAUCACUACGGGUAGCAACCCAGGUUGUGGAACGACGGGGUUCAAUGCGACGAGAGGUUGGGACCCUGCAACUGGACUUGGAACACCUGAUUUGCCGAGACUUCUUAGGGCGCUUAAGCUUUGAUCAUUGGGUGUUUGUUCUUCUGUCUCGUUGUUGGCCAAUCGUUCUUGUCAUUGUGGCGAGCAUACGGAUAAAAUAUUGAUCUGAUCUUGAACAUUGCAGCAUUCCCAUUGGGAGCAGCGGUGACCGAAGGUCUAUUUGCGUUGUAUUAUUAGUCAGCCCUUCCCUUUUCUCGUAUUCUCGAUACCAGUAUGAAUUCGUUCUUUUUCUCAGUUCUCAAAGUUGUGUUAUCCUUGAAGCUGAGUCCCGCUCUGUUUUGCUGGA